UGAUUUCUUCACUUAAUUUCACAGAUGUUGGCGCGAACACCGACAAUCGACACACGGCCCGCCAGCGCAGCAAUAACACAAACAACCGAUCUCAUUGCCGGGAAUGAGUUCCUCAAGUUGUUGUAUGGAAGCGACGAGUCGCAGCGCAAACUGCAUAGCGGUGAGUACGACGAAAAUGAACGUGCGGUGCGAGGAAUGGGAGUUCUGCGAGCUGGCAGCAGCGACAGUUCAAGCCGAGCUACUGUUAGGGAAAGGCGGGUGACGCGCGCCGAUCACUACCAGCCGACAGCUGAUCCAAGCACGCAUGUAAGUGCUUUAGACAGCAGAGGUGCGGCUGCGCGUAGCCUUAAUUACAAGAGUCGCAAUGUGCAGAAUGAAGCGACUGCGACGACGACGCCGAUAAAGGUGAUAGCGGACGAGAGCAAACAGGUGGUGAAGCUGGUGACGUCAGGCAGCAAAAUUGUCUUCCUAGAAGAGUACGAUGACAAUGACGCCGUUGUAGAUGCAGUGGCGCGUGACAUUGAUCUGCAAAAGGAAAAUGUAAAAACGCAAAGCAAGCAGAUGGCAAAGGAAACCGCAACGAAACAAGUGCAAAUGCAGCACGGGUCUAAUCCUACCGAUGAAGUCAAGGUGGUGGCGGUGAGUGUGUCAUCUUCUAGCAAACGUGGCGGUUUCAGUCGUGACCAUAAUAAUUUCAACACACCUGACAUAGUUAUGUCAAAACAGGCCAAUAAAUUUUCCAACGCGCGUGCGUCAUUGCACCGGCCUGACACAGUGCUACAGCAGUACCAACAAGAUCUACAUGAGCGCGCUGACAACACUCAAAGCGAUGGUAGCGUGUCAGCCGUGAAGUUGACACUAACUACAACACCACCAACAGCGCCAAUGACAGCGUCCGCCACCUCAACAAUGGACGACUUUGUUAAUCGCUCACACAAAAGUGAAUUCUCCAUAGAGGAAGCCGAGCCACUGACAAUGUCUCCGCAAAAGUUACGUGGCUCCCCGCAUGCGGCACGCGCCAGCAGUCCGCGUUCACUGCACACGCCACAUGCCGUCAGUGGACGUGCCGUCAAAAUGGCUGCCAGUUUGCCAGAUGUGGUCGACUCGGAGAAUAGCGCUUCAACGAACAUACAAAACGUGUUGGCAGCGCCGCUGGUUCAGUCCGCCUCGAUGCGAACCGCCACUGUUAGCGCGUUAACUACGUAUCACCGCGGCAGUGGCAGCAGCAAUCGUAACAGCACGUCCUCGCACAUAAAUCACAAGAGUGCAGCCACAUUUGCGCAUUCGCAUGCCAGUAGUCACAUUAGCGAUGGCGUUGGCAUAAGUGACACAGUUAUGCUGGACACGUCCGCACCGGCUGCCAACGGUGAUACCGAUGCCGACGCCGAUGUAGAGGAAAAAUUGCUGCCCUUCCAAACGGUGAUCUAUCACAACACCAAGGAAGGUCAUGGCCCGCAAUCUCGAUCGAUAUCGUACAGCUCGUUAUCGCAAAAUGUCGACGAUUUGCAUGCAUGGCGGCACUCGGGCAUUUUGGCCGAAGCACAACGCAAUGUCAGCGAGAGCUUAACGCCUAUAACGCGCGCGGAGUUGGCGCACACCUCGGAACCGGCUAAGUUCUAUUCCGUGCCAUCGAAAAUGUACAGCGAACCGUCAAAGUUUUAUUCAGAGCCAGCCAAGGUUUACUCCGAGCCGGCUAAAGUUUACGGUGAGCCCGAGAAAUUUUUUUCGGAACCUGCCAAGGUGUAUGGACAACCAUCAAAGUUUUAUUCCGAGCCGGCGAAAGUGUACUCACAGCCAUCCAAAGUCUACGGCGAACCAGCAAAAACGUAUUGGUCUCCAAGUGCCGGCUUGCCUAUCGCAACUACUUCCACCACAACCACUAACACAACCAGUACAUCAUCAAAUUCAACAACAACAACAACGGUCCGACCUGGACGUUACAUGCCUUCACGUCGUCCGGCGAUCGUAUCACGCAUUGCUUUUGGCGAGGCACAAACUUCCACAACAGCAACACUUGCCAUCGACGAACACGCUCCAGCAACAAUGCCAGUUCCCACUACUCAUCAUCAUCAUCAAGAACACCACGCGCAGCACCAGCCGCAACACACACGUUUUCAUCCACAUGCCCAUAGUCAUGGUGCGCAAAAUUCGCCGCAUGGUGAGCAUUCUACACAUGGCUCAGCGUAUGCCCACUCGCAUUCGGCAACAGCAUCACAACCUGCUCAACCGCAGUCACAAUCACAGUCACAUUCAGCGCAAUCGCAGCCACGUCGUGUACUCUUCAACUUAGAUAAAUUACCGUAUGAUUUAUUGAAUGCGCCAGUACAAUCAUCGCAACAUCUCUUGAAUCCCGACUUCUCGCACAGCCCACCAGCGGCUGUAACCUACUCGUCGCCCAGACAACGUCAAUGCCUGGAGUCCGCCUUCUCAGCGUCACUGUCUCAAUCAGCCUUGCAACAGCAACAGCAGCUGCAGCAGCAACGUCAACAUUCAUCAUUGUCGGACCAACAUUCUAAUCAAAAUGCCAAAGGAUUGCCUAAUGGAGAUCUAGUCAAGUGUGUUUCCAAAUACAACCAGCCAUCGGCGGCAGCAGCAGCAGCAACGCCAACGGAGAGUAGCCAUCAUGGCGGCGACGACGAUGACUUGUAUACGCCGACCCCAGAGCAAAAUUACGAAAUAGAAGAAUCCGUAAGUGUUAUGACAAACGGACGAGCCCACGGUGUACAAGGCAAUUCAGCGGCGACGACAACAGCAAAGCCAUACCGCGGUGGGGUACACCAUCAACAGCAGCAGCAGCAUCACUAUCAUAGCAACGCCAACGCAAAUAGCAAUUUGGACAACAAUUACGAUGACAAUGGUGGUGGCGGAGACGAUGGUAUUGAUACGGAUGGCAGCAAAACUGGCAACGAAGACGAGGAUGCAAAAGUGGCGUAUGUAGUGGAGGGACGCAACUAUCGCAAGUAUCGCGUGGAGGAGAAGACGGACGAUGGUUUUAUUGUUGGCGAGUACGGCGUGGUGGACCAUAAUGAUGGAAAUUUGCGCGGCGUGCGUUAUACCGCCGAUUCGACCAUCAAUCGCAGUCUGAUACAAAAGGCGUUGUUGACAUUUCUUAAGCUCAAGUAGUCAAAUGGGCUUUGAGAAAAAAAUGUUGGUAAGGAGACAUUGUUGCAAAGAGGUGUAUGGCGUUUGGCGUUCGACGAAUGGUGAGUGGUGAGUAUUGAAUGUAUGGUCAGUUGGCAAGCAGAUAGCGAAUGGCGGUUGGCGUGGUGUGACAGGCGACUUUGCAAAGGUGGCAAUGUGGUGUGAGUGCGCAGGCGCCAAAGAUCAGCGUGUACGACUGCAAGCGCAUCUCCAACGUAAGCGAAAGAGAUGCGAAUUGCUGCCGCGCAUGAUGUGAUCACCGAAUUUAUUGAGCGCUUUGCGAAGUUUAGCUUGGAGACGAUUUGGCGUGUAUGUGCGAACUGAAAUUUAAACCGAUGCCAACGACAACGCCAACGUCUAUGCUAAUGGCGAUGCCGAUGCCAUGGCGGUUAUGUGCGCCCAUUGUAGACACAGUGUCGUUGAAUACAAAGUAUUUCUUGUCUAUUCCUUGUGAAUUGUUUAUUUUUAUUUUUUUUGAAUUUUUAUUUUUAUGUUUUGUACUUUUGUUUAAAACCCAUUAUUUAGACAAGCUAAAAAUAUGUGAUCCAAGUCGUACUGUAGGUAGUUUAAAACGAAUACACCACUACAUAUGUAGUAUAUGAAAAUAGUUUGAUAAGAAAAUUCAACA